UUUUUUCAAAAUAUCAAAAUUUAAUAAAACUUUUUUUAUAAUUAAAAAAAAAUUUCAAUUUUUCUCACUAUAUAUAUAUAUACAAAAAUAAUUUAAAUUAAAUAGAAAAGUAACAAAAAUUUAAAUCAUGGUUCAAAAAAUAAGUGCGGAAUUUAUUAAAGAAUGCAUAAAAUAUCACAAUCAGUAUCGUGAGCGUCACGAGAGUCCACCAUUACAAGAAGACGAAAGGUUGAAUCAAUUAGCACAAGAAUGGGCGGAAAAUCUCGCGAUAAUUGACAAAAUGGAACAUAGACAAAAUAAUUUACAUGGAGAAAAUAUUUAUCAGGCUUUUGAUUCGAAUACGGAAUGGAUUAUGGAUCCUCAUGAUCCCGUGAAAUCCUGGUAUGAGGAAAUUUCUUUAUACGUAUUUGGUGAAGCGGAACCGAAAAAUUCAAGUGCAGUCGGACAUUUUACUCAAUUGAUCUGGAAGGAAACAAUAAAAAUGGGCGUUGGAUUGGCGACCAGCGAAAAGGGACAAGUUUAUGUUGUUUGUAACUAUGAGCCUGCUGGUAAUAUUGUUGGAGAAUACGCGAAAAAUAUUAAACCUGCCAAGAAAUUGAACCAGGAAAUCGAGGCGGAAAGAAGCGUUGAAGAAAGAAAUAGAAGAAACGUGGAACGCGAGGAAAAAAGAAAAAAAAGAAGCGACAAAAUAACUUUGACACUCUCUGAAGAGAAAAUUGGGAUCAAGUUCGUUCAACCAAAUAUAGAAAUCAUAGAAUCGAUGGAACGUUUAAUUGCAGUGCCAUCGGAAAAAAUUCGCGUUUGGUGCUGUUGGCUGUCAAUGGUGGGGGAAGAAAUUCAUGAAUGGCGACAUUGGCUUCUUUCCCACAUUAAUCUCGUUCUACGAAUUAGUGAAAUUAUGAAAAAAAUUCAACAAGCUGAUGAACAUUCAAAAGCUGGGGAAAAAAAUUUAAUUGAGGAAACGUCUUUAGAGAAAGAGAAAAUAUCAUCUGAUAAUGAGAAAAUUGAUAUUCAAAUUAAUAGAGAGGGAGAUAAAUCUCUUUCCGAAGGUACUGUUUUUGUGACAGCCGCAGAAAACAGUGAAGAUGAAGAAUAUGAAAAGGAAAAUGUACAGAAUACAAAAAAAUUAAACGAAGAAAAACAAGCAUCAACGAAUGAAAAUACAAAAUUACAAGAGAAUUCUCAACAUGAUUUAAAAGCAAAAUCAAUGAAUGUAGACAGUUCACAAGAUACUAUACAGUUUGAGAAAUUAACUACAAACAUUGAAUUGACAUCGAAUGCAAAUAAUGUGACUAAAGAUAUUAGUGAUGAAGAAAAAAAGAUUGUCGAUGACAAAGCGAAAGAAAUGGCAGAACAAAUUGACAAUGAUAAUGAUAAUAAUAAUAAUAAUAAUAAUGAUGAGGGGGAAAAAAUAAAUCAAGAGGAUAAAAAUAAAGAUGAAUAUACCUGGCCCAUUGGAGUGUCAUGGAAACCAAUCAAUGAGUUUGACAAAAUGAUGAUGAGAGAAAAGAAGAAGAAUAAUCGAAAAAAAGUCAAAAUUAUACCGAUCCCUGAAAAUGAGGAAGAAAUGAAGAAGUUGAUCUUGGACGUUCGCCAUAAGGCGACAAUAUAUAGAUCCUAUUAUCGUCACUGGUUAGAAACUGGAAAAAGGGCUAAAAAUGAAAUGUUGGAUAGAGAUGUGAUGAAAACAGAAAUGGUUUAUACACACGAGGAAAUACCUUACUUCUUUUACAUGAAAUGCGAUCCAGAUAUUGCGAUAGGAAUCGAACAUGAUGACGAAGAAAUUCUUUUACCAGAUACCAAGCGUGAAAGGAUUUCCUCUAAUUACGUUAAUUUGUAUUUUAAUCUCGUCGACAAACCAGGUAAAGGCGGAAAACCAUGGAUUUAAAGAGUUAAUUACAAAAAUAAAAAUCCUUUAAUUAUACGAUUCAUUUUCAUAAAAAAAAAAGAAAUUUCACUUUAUUAAAUAAAACCCACCUUUUUUUUCCCUCUAUA